AUUUGACCCAAAAAAAAAUGUAAUUCAUCUUCUCCGAAACCAAGUGUAGAUCCUGUCAUACCUGAAAAAGGUUCAAGCUUGAAAACUUGUUCUUUUGAGCAAUGAUUCACUUUGUUCUCCUUGUUAGCCGGCAAGGAAAGGUCAGGUUGACGAAAUGGUAUUCACCUUAUUCCCAGAAGGAGAGAAGUAAGGUGAUCCGGGAGCUUAGUGGGAUAAUACUCAGUCGAGGCCCCAAGUUGUGCAACUUUGUUGAGUGGAGGGGCUUCAAAGUUGUCUAUAAAAGAUAUGCAGGUCUCUACUUUUGCAUGUGCAUUAACCAAGAUGACAAUGAACUAGAGAUUCUGGAUAUAAUUCACCAUUAUGUUGAGAUACUGGACCGCUAUUUUGGCAGUGUAUGUGAGCUGGACUUGAUCUUUAACUUCCAUAAGGCUUACUACAUAUUGGAUGAGCUUUUGAUUGCGGGUGAACUUCAAGAAUCAAGCAAGAGAACAGUCUUACGUUUGGUAGAUGCGCAGGAUUGCAUAGUGGAGAUUGCACAUCAGCAGGCCAGCUCGGUGGGUAAUCUAAUUGCACAGGCCACCAAAUAAUGGUAUUGGCUAAAACAAAGGGGAGAUAAAGCAUUUCUUUUUUGGAGGGCCCUACCAACAUAUGGUGGCACGUGCUAAAAUGUGUACACGAGCCUUGAGGUUGAAGAAUGAGGAGCCAGCAGGAAAAAGGAUUUGGG